GUCAUGUCAUCUCACCUCCACUUGCUGCUCAGCUCUCUCUUCAGCUCUCUCUGCUCCACACUCACGACUGACUGAACUGGACCUGAGUGGCAAUAACAACAUGGAGGACUCAGGAGUGAAUCAGCUGUGUGAGGGGCUGAGGAGUGAAAACUGCAAAUUAGAGAAACUGAACCUGUCAGAUUGUGGUGUCACCUACAGAUGUUGCUCAGCUCUCUCCUCAGUCCUUUCAUCUCCAAACUCACAACUGACUGAACUGAAUCUGAACAACAAGAGCAGCUUAAUGGUAGGAGGCAACAAUAACAACAUUGGAGAUCCAGGAGUGAAUCAGCUAUGUGAGGGGCUGAGGAGUGAAAACUGUAAAUUAGAGAAACUGAGCCUGUCUCAUUGUGGUCUCACCUCCAGAUGUUGCUCAGCUCUCUCCUCAGCACUUUCUUCUCCACACUCACGACUGACUGAACUGGACCUGAGGGAAAACAACCUGGAGGAUUCAGGAGUGAAUCAGCUAUGUGAGGGGCUGAGGAGUGAAAACUGCAAAUUAGAGAAACUGAACCUGACUUAUUGUGAUCUCACCUCCAGAUGUUGCUCAGCUCUCUCCUCAGCUCUUUCUGCUCCACACUCACGACUGACUGAACUGGACCUGAGCAACAACAACAACAUGGAUGAUUCAGGAGUGGAUCAACUGUGUGAGGGGCUGAGGAGUGAAAGCUGUAAAUUAGAGAAACUGAAGCUGUCUCGUUGUCAUCUCACCUCCAGAUGUUGCUCAGCUCUCUCCUCAGCUCUUUCUGCUUCACACUCACGACUGACUGAACUGGAGUUGAGUGACAACAACAUGGAGGAUUCAAGAGUGGAUCAGCUGUGUGAGGGGCUGAGGAGUGAAAACUGCAAAUUAGAGAAACUGAACCUGUCUAAUUGUCAUCUCACCUCCAGAUGCUGCUCAUCUCUCUCCUCAGUCCUCUCUUCUCCACACUCACAGCUGACUGAACUGAACCUGAAAAGCAACAACCUGGGAGAUUCAGGAGCUUGUCAGCUGUGUGAGGGUCUGCGGACCCCAAACUGUAAAUUAGAGAUACUGUGGCUGGUUGAUAAUGAGAUCAGUGAGAGUGAGGAGAAGAACCUGAGGUCACUACAGGAGGAGCUGAACAGGACUGGACGGCAGGUGGAUAUCGACACAUGAGAAGACUGGACAUACUGAUCAACUGACCCCAGUGACGGUGCCCCCUGUCCACUCUCUCUGAAUUCUUCUCUUUAUUCUUUAAUAAUCUCCUCAACUCUCCUCCACAUUUAAUAAACUCUCCAUGUCUUCUUCUCA